UUGUCGUUAAACACUCUCGAAUUUAAGGAAACGUGUUAGCUAACUUUGCUGUUCCACCUACCUGUGCUUUCCCUCCCUCUUUAGCUAGUCGUAGGAGAAGGAAAAAGCCGGUGUCUUUUGGGAAGAGAACUACAUGGCUUACGUUUGAAACACACAGUGGGGGAAAUCUGUGUCUCUUUUGAGUGUGUUCGUGUCGUGGGGUCCAUACUUCUUAGCCGGCAUUUCUCAUUCACCGCCUUCGACGUUGUCUUUCUGUGUUUCACCAACACCACCACCACCAAACUUUGUUUCUUUGUUUCCGUAACUGUGUUUUCAUCGUGUGUUAGUUGGUUUCAGACUGGUUCCUUGUUGGUGUUUCUAAUGGCUUUGAAGUGUGCUCCAAACUGGGUUUGUUCUCGAAUGCCUCACUCUCAUCUGGGGACACCAGAUUUGGGGUCCACCCGAAGUAGGAUUGUGUUGGAGGUGAGGCCUCCCAAAUGGAAAUGCUGUGCUUUGGGUUUUUCCGCACCUAGAGCUAGCUCUGCUAUUGAAGGUAAGCCUUACGGUACUGAAGUCGAGACAUUUCAGACUGGGAAAACUGAUCAAGCUCAGGACACUGAGUCCAAGGAGUUUCACAAGGACUUGAGUCUUCUUCCUAAACCCCUGUCCACAACGGAUCUAUCUACAUAUGAUGAUGAUGGUUCAAAUAUUCGGGUUGCUUAUAAGGGAAUGCCAGGUGCAUAUGGUGAGGCUGCUGCCCUUAAAGCAUACCCUAAUUGUGAAACUGUACCCUGUGAGAAAUAUGAAAAGGCAUUCAAGGCAGUUGAACUUUGGUUAGUGGGAAAAGCAGUUCUCCCCAUCGAGAAUUCUAUAGGUGGUAGCAUCCACCGUAAUUAUGACUUACUCCUCCAGCAUAGGUUACACAUAGUAAGGGAGGUGCAUUUGGCUAUUAAUCACUGCCUCUUGGCAUUGCCUGGCGUCAGAAUGGAGGAAAUGGAUCGUGUUUUAGGCCAUCCCCAGGCAUUUGCUCAAUGUGAGAUGACACUUAGCAACAUGGGCUUUAUUAGAAUUAAUUCUGAUGAUUGUGCCUCAGCUGCUCAGAUUGCUGUCUUAACUGGUGCAAGGAAUGUUGGCGCAAUAGCAAGUGCUCGAGCAGCAGAAAUAUAUGGGCUUCACAUUCUUGCUAGAAAAAUCCAGGACGAGGAGCAUAACAUUACCAGGUUUUUGGUACUUGCAAGGGAACCCAUAAUUCCAAAAACUGACAAGCCUUAUAAGACGAGCAUUGUUUUUAGUCUAGAAGAAGGUCCUGGCAUGCUAUUCAAAGCUUUGGCUGCGUUUACUCUAAGGGGUAUCAAUUUGUCAAAGAUAGAGAGUCGACCACUAAAAAUGCAUCCUCUAAGAGUCGAUGAUUCUGACAAAGGGACUGCCAAGUACUUCGACUAUCUUUUCUAUAUCGACUUUGAAGCUUCUAUGGCAGAACAGCGUGCCCAAAGUGCAUUGGCAAAUUUAGAGGAAUGUGCAACAUUUCUCCGUGUCCUUGGUUCCUAUCCGAUGGAUACGACUGUCUAGAUGGAUACUUCUUCAACGAAGACCAUGUUGGUCCGUCACACCUUCAGAUGGAGACGGUUCAACCCACAUGAUCUGUAUAUACGAGUCUAGUCUUGAUACAUUUGAAGAUGGAGAGAUUCCUGGAGUAUGUUGAAGGCCAACCGAUCAAUUCGGAAGCUUCCUCAACAUGACCUACUACUCCCUCUUUCCUUCUCUAUUAGCCAACCCACAUGAUCUUUACAAGUCUAGUCUUUAUACAUUUGAAGAUGGAGAGAUUCCUGGAGUAUGUUGAAGGCCUACUGAUCAGUUCGAAAGCUUCUUCAACAUGACCUACUACUCCCUCUUUCUUCUUUUCUGUUUAACCUCAUAAUUCUUUACAUCCUCCUGAAAGGAGUGUUGUGAUAUUUCAAUGAAGAAAAACAAUUCAAUGUCAUAACGAUGGGGUAUAUUUCCCUCUUGAGGGCAUUCCCUCGUUUUCAUGGAACAAUUAUCUCUUUUAUCUUAAUUUAAAGAAAUAAAAGAAACGUUCUUUCAUCUCUCUGUUAGCAUUUAACUGUUGCAAAUCAAGUUUGGCCUUUGUUUUUACAAUGAUUGUUUCUCAAUUAUGUUAUUCAACUCACCCAUAAU